AUGGCAGCCAAGCGCAUCUCCUCCAUUUUCUCGAUGGGCAGCAACAUCUCCGACCAGAGCAGCGAAUCUCGAAUGUCACCCUCAAUUCAUCCUGCGCGACCUCCAAGGGAGCAGAAUCAAAGUCCCAUCCAUGUUUCAGGAGAACAGAGCCAUGUUCUCGGUUCGGAACAGCGGAAUUCCGUCAAUCUCUCGAGGAAAUCCCUGCCCAAUUUACGACCUACUUCUCACCUACAGAAUCUUCAUACCGAACAGUCGUCUGGGUAUACACCCCCGUUUGAUCCUACGAUUCUGCCUCGCAUCGAAGACGACGAUGUCCUACUCAAUCCUCCUCCCCUACUCAAGCCACUGCCAAUUCGGGCGCAAUCGCCUGGCGGCUCCCUCGGAGGCAGCAGACCAGUCAGCAGAGGCGACGCAAUGGACAACAGACCAGCUAGCAGGGGCAAUCCAUUUGACAGCAGAUCUAGUAGUCGUCCACCUAGCAGUCGCCCUCCAUCUCGUCCUCCUUCUCAACCAGCCUCACGUCCUGCAUCUCCAAUAAGGCUCCGUCCACAAACACCAACGAAUCGUCCCCUCACGCCUACGACAGAGGCAAAGCUUGCCAAACGGAGGAGCUGGAUGCCAGGAAAACUUCGAAAGGCGGGGCAGGAUGAAGGAAAUAAUGCGAACAGUACGCAGGCUUGGAUGGUCACACCUAAUGAGAAAAUACCAUACGAUCUUUCGGCGCUGGCAAGUUUCCACAGGGUUAGUUUCCCAAGUACUUCCUUUGAAUUAUUCCCUAAAGCUAAGAGCUCUCCAGGUCCCAGAGCUUUGGAAUGA